AUGUCCACCCCCCGCUUCUCUCCAAACGACGUAACAGUCGUCUUCUUCCUCGGCGGCCCAGGCAGCGGAAAGGGCACUCAAUCCGCGAACCUCGUCAAAGACUACGGCUUCGUGCAUCUCUCCGCGGGCGAUCUCCUACGCGCCGAACAAGUCCGUGAAGGCAGCCAGUACGGCGAGCUGAUCCGCGAAUACAUCCGCGAAGGCAAGAUCGUGCCUAUGGAAGUGACCGUUGCGUUGCUGUCGAAUGCCAUGGCCGAUUCACUGGCGACCUCGCCGCCUCCGGCUGGUACCAAGGCUCGUUUCUUGAUUGAUGGGUUCCCGCGCAAGCUCGACCAGGCUGUUUUCUUCGAGGAGACUGUUUGUCCCUCUGAGCUUGUCUUGUUCCUUGAUUGCCCCGAGGAUGUCAUGGAGGCUAGAUUGUUGAAGCGUGGUGAGACUAGUGGCCGUGAUGAUGACAAUGCGGCUUCUAUUCGCAAGCGUUUCCGUACCUUUGUUGAGACUUCUAUGCCUGUUGUUGAUGAUUUCAAGAAGAAGGAUAAGGUUGUUUGGGUUAAGGCUGAUAGCUCGGUUGAGCAGGUCUAUGAGGAGGUUAAGGCCGGUAUUGAGGCUCGUGGUUUGCAGGCUCGCUAG